GGAAAUCCCAAUCUCAGCGUUUACUCAUCGCAAACCAUCCGACUCCAACUUCUCACCCCGCCUUUCGUGUAACCAGAAGCAACCCGAAUCAGGGCUUAAAGUCCGUUCAAAAUGUCUUGGAGGAAGGAUGAGGAUGAGAGACUAGACGGCGACGAAGGCGAUGAGGAGUUGGAUGAAAAUGACUACAAAACACAAAAGGAUGCAGUACUAUUUGCCAUCGAUGUGAGCAAAUCGAUGUUGAAACCACCGCAGACUACGGGGGAUAAGAAAGCCGACAAGGACUCUGCCCUGACAGCAGCCCUAACCUGCGCCUACCAAAUCAUGCAGCAGCGAAUUAUCUCCCAGCCCAGAGAUAUGAUGGGUGUCUUGCUUUUUGGAACCGAAAAGUCCAAAUUCCGCGAUGAUUCGGGCAGUGGCACAGGAUAUCCUCACUGCUAUCUGCUAUCCGAUCUCGAUAUACCCGGCGCCGAAGAUGUCAAGAAGCUCAAGGCCUUGGUAGAGGAUGGCGAGGAUGAAGACGAAAUCAUGGUUCCAUCCAAAGAGCCCGUGAUCAUGUCCAACAUGCUCUUCUGCGCCAACCAGGUCUUCACCACAAACGCAGCCAACUUUGGGUCCCGACGUCUGUUCAUUGUCACCGAUAACGAUGAUCCCCAUGCCGGUGAUAAGCAGGCAAAAUCAUCUGCCGCUGUUCGAGCCAAGGAUCUUUACGACCUCGGCGUUGUUAUCGAACUUUUCCCCAUCAGUCGGGAGGACAAGAAGUUCGACCUGUCCAAGUUUUACGACGAUAUUAUCUAUCGCGAUCCGGCAGCUGAAGCUGGACAGUCAGAAGGUCCCAAGACUUCCAAGUCUGGCGACGGUUUGACGUUGCUCAACUCCUUGAUCUCCAACAUCAACUCGAAGCAAACCCCGAAGCGCUCAUAUUUCUCAAACUUGCCCUUUGAGCUUGCCCCAGGGCUCACUAUCUCUAUCAAAGGGUACAUGCCACUCACCAGACAAACCCCCACCCGCUCAUGCUACGUAUACGAAGGAGAGGAGCAGGCUCAGGUUGUCCAAUCGGAGACCGCGCAGGUUGAUUUUGCUGCCCGAACCGUCGAGAAGUCGGAACUGAGGAAAGGCUACAAAUUUGGCGGCGAGCAUAUAUGCUUCAAACCCGAAGAGCUGGCGGAACUCAAACAGAUGGGCAAGAAAACACUUCGAAUCAUUGGAUUCAAAAAGCGGUCCAAGAUCCCGUCCUGGGCUUCGGUCAAAAAGUCCAUAUUCAUAUUUCCCAGCGAGGAGCAAUAUGUCGGCUCCACUCGCGUGUUCUCUGCUUUGUGGCAGAAGCUGCUCAAAGAUGACAAGGUGGGUAUCGCCUGGUUCGUCGCAAGGGAGAAUGCCCAUCCCGUCAUGGUAGCCAUCUUUCCUUCCGGAAACCCGGACGACGAGGAGGCAAACACGCCGUACCUACCUGCAGGGCUUUGGCUCUAUCCACUUCCGUUCGCAGAUGAUGUUCGAAGCGUGGACCACGUAACAGCGCCUCCAAGGCCCGCAGACGAACUUACAGACCAGAUGAGGCAAGUCAUCCAGAACUUGCAACUUCCCAAGGCUAUGUAUGACCCGCGCAGGUAUCCCAAUCCCUCACUGCAAUGGCACUACAAAAUUUUACAGGCCAAGGCACUCGACGAAGAAACCCCCGAUGCUAUUGACGAUCUCACGUUGCCCAAGUACAGGCAAAUUGACAAAAGGGUCGGCGGUUACCUUGCUGAAUGGAAGGAAAUGCUUGCAAAGAAAGCCAAUGAUCUUCAGAAUACCAGAGCGUUCAAGCGUGAGUUCGAGGAAGAUGACGAAAGGCCGGCAAAGCGCGCGAAACCAAGCAAAAAGGCUGCCAGUGGUGGUGGCGGACCGGCCAACAGCAACGCAGACCUGAAGAAAGCAUUUGAACAGGGCACGCUUGGCAAGAUGACGGUAGCUGAGCUGAAGGACAUUAUGGCAAGCAAGGGCAUAAGCACGGCCGGUAGGAAGGCUGAGCUAGCUGAGAGACUUGAACAAUGGGUUGAGGAGAACUUGUGAUUGUGAGGUUUGCUUGUUAGCAUGCGGUGUUGUUGGAGUCUUGCCAUCUUGGGUUUGAGUGUUUACGCUAGGCGUUCUCACAGGACAGUGACGAUAGUUGCUGGAAAUAAACAGGCCAUGUCGCCGAUCUUGUACUGAAUGUGCCGGAUAGACAAGUCAAGUUCAUAGUAGAUCACAAGCCGACGUUUCAGUCC